CAAAAGCAGGAUGGAUCUAGUAGUAGAUACAUUUUCAGGCCUGGGAAUCGACCUGGGAAAUGACUCCUCUCUUCAGCCUCUCUGGAACAGUGUCAGGCCCAAUCACAGGGACUCUUUGAGGUCUCCUCUUUUCCCCAUUGUUUUGACUGUGUCUUCAUACUUUGUGUUCUGCCUCUCCUUCCUGGCGUGUGACAUCAUAGGGGACAGAUGGCCAUGGGCAGAGUUCAAGAUCCAGCCGAGCCGGCGGCCAACACCUUCCAUGCUAUUGCAUUGUGCUGGCAUCAGUCUGCAUAAGCAUAUGCUCCUUGUGCUUCCUGCAAGUGUGGCUCAGUGGACAUGAAGACCACCGGUGACACUGCCAGACCAAGUCCCAACCCUACUGGAGCUCAUAGUGACGGGAAACCUUCUGCUCUUUGACUUCCAGUACUUCAUCUGGCACCUGCUGCACCACUGGUUAUACAUCAUGUUCCAUGCAAUCCACCACAACUACUCAGCUCCCUUUGUUCUGGCUACACAAUGCCUGGGAGGGUGGGAGCUGGUCAGUGUCUUUUGGACCACCCUGAAUCCUGUCAUCCUGAGAUGCCACCUUCUCACCACGUGGGUCUUUAUGGUGCUCCAUGUCUAUGUGUCCGUGGAGGAUUUUCCUUGGUCCCCAUCUCGUCUGAUACCCUUCAGUAUUUAUUGAGGGCCCAGCAAGGAUGAUGUGCACCAUUAUGAACUCAACAAGAACUUUGCACCAUACUUCAGCCACUGGGAUAAAAUAUUUGGAACACAUGCUGAUUUUAGUUUCUCUUACUCUUACUCAGAGCCGGUGACAAAUACAUUCUUAUGAUGACAUUCUAUGAAAUUGAAUUCAAACUAAAUGAUUAUGAGAAACAGACCUGUUUCAAAUGAAAUGAUAUAUUUGAGACCUGUUAAUUAACUGAGUGAACAAUAAGUUAUCCUUCUCUACUUUGGCUUGUGGAACUCAUUGGAGUGAAUUCUGUUGGAUGUUAUGGUUAAAACUGUUUUAUUAUGCAAUGGGAAAAUGUAUAUAAACUUUUCCAUGUUCUUCAUAAUUAAUACAUGUUUAAUACAGAUAUAUUUAUCCAUGUCCCUUUAUUCAACCUGCCAGUAAACCCAACGUAUAAUAAGUUUCUCACACCCCAGAUCGGGUCGAGACAUAAAAAUCAAAAGUACCAACAAUUGCAAUUCUCACAAUGUGAUCUAUGGAUUCGCUGCCCUUGCAGCUUAUUUUACGUAGGAGAGACCUCAAGGGAGUUACACACUAGAAUGUGUGAGCACCGAAGUGCCAUUCGAUGUGCUGACCCCAACAGCACAGUGGCCCUCCAUUUCAAAUAGCGGGGACACUCGCUUUGUGAGUUAUUUUGUUUGGAAUUGAACAAGUCAGUAAAAACAAACGCGUUGGUGAUGUUGACAAACACUGAAGGUCCAGAGAGACGUUCUGGAUCCAUUCCUUAGAGACUUUAGUCCCCAGAGGUCUUAACCUAGAGAAGGACUAUAGUAUGCUUUUGUGAAGGGCCCCAUCCCUUUUUUGGUCCAGUGCCCAAAAAACGUUUAAUGUUUACACAUGGAGGGAGCUUAGACUUCUGUAUCUCAUCACUUGGUGGAGACAUUGACCAUAGUACCCCACACCCUGUACCCCAUCUCUCAUUAGCACCACCAGCUGAAUAUAGUUUUCUCCCUAAUUGUCUUCCCCAUGCCCUAUAUCAGGGGUGGGAAA